AGUAAUCACUUCCCUAUGACAAACUCUAAACAUACUGUUUUACAACUAAAGUUAUAAAUUAAACUUUAUAAAUUAUAACCGCCUGUAUAGUUUAUUGCACUGUAUAUCCAUCCCAAAUCAACCAACACUUAAAUUAAAAUUGCAUCAUUAUCAGGAGCAAAUAAGCCUUCUGCUUCUGCGUAUGCCAUCAGCAUAAACUCUGCUAUAACACAAGUUUACAAGCAGCUCCACUUAUGUAGCUUAACUCAGUUGUCGUGUGUAUUAAUCUGACAAUAUUUCUUAAUACCCACUUUUUAGCAGAUUGCACAUAAUCUAUCUAGCCAGAGUUGCAAGGCUGACAUGGAUGUUUAGGCUAAGUUAACACCAGCAUAUAAUUGUAACCAUAGGCUACACAUGUCUAAUAUAAGGUAAUAGCCUAGUCUUUAAUAAACCUAUUAAACUAAAAAAAAUAUUAAAAAAUAAAUUCUGAAUUGUGCCUCAAAUGGAGGAACUGAUGCCUUCAUUUUUAUUACUAGAAAAAAGUAAGCAAGUACCCUGUCUUUAAUCCAGUCAGCCAGUUCUGACUUUUCUUUUAAAACUAAACCAUUUCGGUUGACAUUUGUCUGUUCACCUUGAAAAAAAAAAAUCUGUCGCAUAUUAUCGCAACAGGCUUUAAACGGUAACUGCCGUCUCCGUCGCAUUUUGAUUAGAAGGACUUCGAUCUUACCGGCCGUUACCUUGCCUUUGUAGUACAACAAGCUAGCCGCGAGGCUGUUCUGCUCUACUUUUAACCGCGGGCAAGGGGGAACCUUUUACUGUCUAUGGGAGGAACCAGGAAGGAAAUUCGACCUCCUGCAUUGUGGCUCGUCUCGCUGAGGCUACCAAAUGGCUAACCAUAAAAGGUUCAUAAUGUUGCAAGAUCCGUUUGUCGUGAGAUAAUAUCGAUUAUAUUUACAAAAAAAGCAUGCAAAUAUAUUUCAGUGCAUAAACGGAUUGUGACAGACUUCAGUUUUUGCCUCGAGGAGGUUCGUUUUUUUCGUUUGCAACGUCGCGUUCCAAGGGGGCUAUCCUGCUAGGUAGCCAACAAGCUAACCAAUUAAUCAAAGCCUGUUUGCACGGCGCUAGCUCAUUAGCCAGCUAGCAAACCUGACUGAUAUUCAUACGACAGCUACCUGUGUAGCUAGCUUGUGUGGUUUGCCGUGUGGGUCUGUGGUCUGAGGAGGACUGCAACACGUAACCGCGGCGAUGUCGAAGCCCCCAAACUCCCCCUCGCGCUCACGCUCCAGAUCAGCGUCUCGCUCCAGAUCCCGCUCGUACUCCCGGUCCCGAUCCAGAAGCCGGUCUCGUUCCAGGAAGCACCGGUACAGCUCUAGGUCUCGCUCCCGUUCCAGGUCUCACUCUCCGCCCCACGGUCGCGAGAGGAACUACCCCAGCCGGGACUACCAGAACAACCGCGGGGGCUACUCGGGCUACAACCGGGGCUUCCGUCGCCCUUUUUACCCCAGGUUCCGCGGGCGCGGCUUCUACCCCCGUCGCUACCAGCGUGGCGGAGGUGGAGGCGGCGGUAACUACGGCUACCGCGAAAACAACUGGCGGGGCGGCGGCGGCGGCGACUACAAGAACCGCGAUCACCACGGUCAGCACGACUCGUACCGCGAGCACAGCCCGCGCCGAGGACGCUCACGCACGCGUUCUCCCCGCCGCCGCUCCGGCAGCCGCUCGCGCUCACGCUCCUACCGCUCGUCGUCCGGACACUCACGCCACUCCAGCUCCUCGUCCCGCUCCUCCCGCUCCCCGCGUCGCCGUAGCAACAAGCGCGCCUCCCGUGGUGGCAAGCAGCAGCAGCAGCAGCAGCCACAACAACAACAACAGCAGCAGGAGGAGGAGCAGCAGCAGCAACAUCAGCGUCGCUCCGGUUCUAGGGCCAGCAAAGAGGGAGUCACGGGGGGAGGCGCAGGAGGAGGUCCAGCGGCGGGGGCCCUGCCCAACGAGCCCCCCAGCGGAAGCAGCGUGCUGGACUGCAGCAAGUGGAAGGGUCUGACUGAGUAUGAGGCCAGCCCCAAGCGCAUCAACGCCGGGUCCAGGCCCGGGGGUCAGGGGUCGGCCCCUACGGAGACCCCAGCGGGCGCCGACCAGAAGCCCCCCGCAGGGCUCUGGAGGACCAUCGGCCCUGCUGCUCCACCACCCGAUCAGAGCCCCCCCAAAUCGUCCUCCGCGUCUGGGGGAGUUUCGGCCGCCGGUGGCUUCGGGUUCUUCUCCAAAGGAGGAGAGCCGCGCCCAGGAGAGAAGACCGCGAUCUCAACCGCUUUCAAGAAGUUUUUAGCAGAGCAAGGCAAAAAGGCAGGGGACCGUGAGAACGGGCGCGAGGGCGAGUCAGUGUCCAGCCCGGCGGCGGGGGAGAGCGGGGGGGUCAAGGCCCGCGGCGGCCUCACCCCCUCCUCCUCCUCCUACGAGCCCAGCCCCGGGUACAGCGCCCCCAAGUCGGACAAGAGCCUGCCGUUCCUGGACGAGGAUGUGGACGCGGAGUUCAACCAGGAGAGGAAGAGCGAGGGCAAGACCCCGUCGCUGUCGGCCCGCGACCUCGCCGAGGAGCGCUUCGGCAAGUGGGACGACUCCGAGUACCCCUCGACCAAUAAGGAGCCUCCGGAGGACGUGGAGGAGGACCUGCUGCACAUGGAGGAGGAGCUGUACCACAGCCGCAAGCAGGCGGCGCGCAAGGAGGAGCGCAGCGCCAAGAAGAAGGAGAAGAAGAAGAACCGGGUGAGCCCGUCCUCGCCCACGGCGCCCCCUAGAGGGGUGGAGGCCCGGACGCGCCCGCUUUUCCCCGUGGGAAAGGACGAACCCUCUCCACCGCCCCGAACGGCGGGAAAGAGGGACGAGGAUUUUAACUUUACCAUCAAAUCCUACCAGGACGAUGGAGAGGGCAGUGGUGCCUCGGGUUCCAUGGCCAAAGAGCGGCGCUUGUCUCGUGACCUGGUCCACCCCAGUAAGAGGGACCAGGAGUUCCGUUCCAUCUUCCAGCACAUUCAGGCGGCGCAGCUGCGCAGGAGCCCCUCGGAGCUGUACGCCCAGCACAUAGUCACCAUCGUACAUCACAUCAAAGCUCAACACUUCCGCUCCUCUGGAAUGACACUAAAUGAGCGCUUUGCCAUGUACCAAAGACGGGCCACUGAGAUGGACGUGUCGAAGCCAAAGAAAAGCCCUGAAAUCCACAGGAGAAUUGAUGUGUCUCCCAGUGCUUUUAAGAGGCACGCUCAUCUGUUUGAGGAUUUGGAGGAGAGCAGCUACAAGGAGGGUAAGAAGUACGAGGGGGGCGAUCUGCGUCUGGACAUUGAGAGGCGUAAAAAGUUCCCCCCUAAGGAGCGCGAGCCCAAGCGCGACGGGGCCAAGGGCUCCGGGGGGUCUCGAGGCCCCAGCCGGGAGCGCUCCGCUGAAAAGUCCUCCAAACACCACAAAAAGUCCAAGAAAAGCAAGAAAAAGCGAGAGAGGUCUCCCUCCUCGUCCUCCUCCUCUUCCUCCCCCUCCCCCUCAUACAAGGGAAAGGAGUACAUGGGGGGGGAAGAGAUGGAGCAUAUGGAGGAGGGCGGUUACGGCAAGCCCCGCAUGGGGGGCCCCCGAGAUUACCCCCCUAUGGACCGGGGUCCCCGCGAUUACGAGGGCCACGGCGACAGGGGCCGCGGGGGCUACGGACGGGGCCGAGGGGGGUACGACGGCGGCGGCGGCGGCGCCCGUGGGGGGUACGACGGCGGACGUGGGGGAUUUCAACCAAGGAUAAGAGGCAGAGGAUGGGGAAGAGGUAAUUACCCUGGCAACAGUAACAAUGGGAACCCCCAGCAAAUGGGGGCGCCAGUGCGGCCGCCUGAGGAGGAGUGGGACCCGGAGUACACCCCUAAGAGCAGGAAGUACUACCUGCACGAUGACCGCGACGGGGAGAAUAAGUGGGUGGACAUGCGAGGGCGUGGCCGCGGCGGGCCCUACCCCCGUGGGCGGGGCUUCGUGUUCCGUAAGGGGCCAGGCGGCGGCAGCCCGAAGUGGACCCAUGACAUGUUCCAGGGCUCGGAGGAAGGCGAGCUCGGGGACAGCAACGGGUCCGACGUCAACCACAAGGAAGAAGAGAAGGCCGGAGACGCUUCCAUGUCAAAGAUGUAGAUCCACCACCGUUCCCCAGUCCCUUCUCUCUCUCUCUCUCUCUCUCUCUCUCUCUCUCUCUCUCUCUCUCUCUCUCCCCCCCCCCCCCCCCCUUCUUCUUCUGGAGUUUUCUGAGUUUUAAGAUUGUUGUAAUUUUCUUUGGUUUUUGUUGUUUUUUUUUUUAUUUGACUUGUAAAUGUCUAGCCAUUGCAGCAGAAACACACUGGCCUGUGCUUCAGCCGGUGUCGUUCAUGCGUCAGAAUGUAACUGUCCAGUGGACCCUGGAGCCACUGGCGGUGGGGGCUUUUAAAGGAGGGAUUAUUAUUAUUAUUAUUAUUGGUUUAAAUUUAGAGCAAAAGACCUUACAACUUCAUCGCCUUUUAUCAGAGAUAUUUUUUUGUUGAUAUCGUUUAGAUUCAUGCAAUACCUGGUAUAUUUGUUGUUGUUGUUUUUUUCUGCUCAGCAGUUUGAAAUACUAUGGAUCAUAACGGAUGACUGCAUUAUGAUACUGCUUGUGAUUGACAAAUAGUCAUCAAAAUAUUUGAUUAUCAUCAAAAGCAAACUCACUGUUUUUGUUUCCUAAAUAGGCAGAGGAGUUAAAUAAUUUGUGCCUUAGAGAUGACAACUACACAUACUGUACGUAUCACAGUUUCACAUACGUACUCUUAGUAAUGUAUUUCUCAAACAUUAUUUUGAUAGUUGUUUUUGUUUGUUUGUUUGUUUGUUUGUUUGUUUGUGAAUGUGCUUCAUGUGUGUCUCUGGGGGUGUGGUCAGUUAAGCCCCUGUUCUGGGACCAAUGAGCUGCCAGCUCAUUCCUGAAGCUCCGCCCCCUGUCAGUGUCACUCAAACAAACCCCCAUUAAACUGUACAGGUUAAUGUUCAUUCUUAAGUAUAUCCAUGCUGUUAUGUGUCCAUAAUUGCAUUUAAUUGUUAAUUUUUAGUCUGAGAUAUUUUCCAGCAGUGAAAAUGACCUUAAUAUUGAAUAUAAGAACUCUUAGUGUGGAGUGACUGUGACCCCAAAUAGUUUUUGAUUUCUUCAAAUGGAAGCCUGUGACUCCAGUGUUAUUAUUAAUGCAAAUAAUAUGCCCUCCAAGUGUACAUAGUUUACUUCCAGAAAGCGACAACAAAACAAUGAUAUAGAUGCUUGUAUAACAGUUAUUGUGGCCUUCGUUUGAAAAGUGUUGAAAGUUAAUAGUGGCCCUAUACAGUUUGUCUCUUGUAGUUCAAAGAAAUGAGUAAAAAAAAAAAAAUGCCCGUAUACCAUACACACACACACACACACACACACACACACACACACACCCAAACUCAAGAGAUGUAAUGUGAAGGGGAAACUGGAAUCUCUGUCCAGCGCUUCCUCAGAGUAAAACAGAUAUUGGUGUGUUAUUGGGCUAUUGGUCUGUGCUGGACUUGCUUUUCUGUGUUGGCUACUGAUCUUGCUGUAGAACUGUGAUCCACUAUUUGUUUAACCCCUUUACAUAUCUAUAUCAUUUCUAGCUAUGUGAAUAAAACCUGCUUCCACUGUGCUUCAAGGACGUCCUCCUAGUGAUUUUUCAAUAAAUCCGUUUACGUAA